CGGAAGCGGAAGUGCACAAGAGGUCACCGUUGGUUUUCAAGAUGGCGGCCCUCAAUGUGCUGGUGUAUCCCUCUGGACGGCUGCUCCGAGGGCUCCUGGCUGGCCCGAUCGCGACCAGCUGGGCUCGGCUUCCAGCUCGCGGGUUCAGGGAAGUGGUGGAGAUCCAAGAAGGGAAGACGACUACAAUCGAAGGCCGGUUAACGGGGACUCCCAAGGAAAGCCCAAACCCCCCUAACCCCUCUGGCCAGUGCCCCAUCUGCCGGUGGAACCUGAAGCACAAGUAUGGCUAUGAGGAUGUUCUGCUGCUCAGUCAGUUCCUCCGGCCUUGUGGAGGCAUGCUGCCUCGAAGGAUCACAGGCCUGUGCCAGGAAGAACACCGUAAGAUUGAGGAGUGCGUGAAGAUGGCCCACCGAGCAGGUCUCUUCCCAAAUCACAGGCCUCAGCUUCCUGAAGGAUUUGUUCCGAAGAGCAAACCCCAACUCAACCGGUACCUCACGCGCUGGUCUCCACGCUCUGUCAAGCCCAUCUAUAAUAAAGGCCACCGCUGGAACAAAGUGCGCAUGGCCGUGGGGUCACCCCUCCUGAAAGACAACGUCUCCUACUCAAGAAAGCCUCUGAUGCUGUAUCACUGACUGGGAGCAGGGCUCCCGGAGAACGUGACCAGAGUGCCCGCACUCCAGCCCCAUCCCGCCACGGCGGCCCAGCUCCUCUGGCAGGUGCAAGAGGCGGUGGGACCGACUUCAGUGUCCCCAGCCCGCCUGGCAACAGCACCGGGAAGAUGGCUGGGUCCCUGAGCAGCAGCGGUGGUCUCAUGACCGCCGUGGGCCGUGUUCAGUGCGGGGGAACAGGACUUCUCCCCAAUGUCAUAAACCAGGCUCAUGGACUCUU